GGAGGAUCGUGCAGAGAGGAGGGGCGCAGCGAGGGGAGGGAUACCGGGAGGGGGCGCAGACUGGAGGAGCGCGGACCCCGGGAGGGGAGGGGAGGGGAGGGGAGGAUCGUGGGGAGAGGAGAGCUGCGGCGAGGGGAGGGAGGGGCGCGGGGAGGGGGCGCGGCGGGCUGUGAGCGGCGGCGGCGCGCGGCGACACGGCAUCCCGAGGCGAGGACGAGCGAGCGCCGCGCCCGCACCUCCCCGCACAGCCCGCGCCGCGCGCCCCGAGGAGCGGCCACCGCCGCCGAGUCGAGCCGCGUCCCCUCGGCGCUCCAGCCGCUCCUGGCGCCGCCAUGGCCCCGGCCCUCUGGCCGCGCCUCGGCCGCAUCCUCUGGCUCGCCUGCCUCCUGCCCUUGGCCCCGGCUCGGGCGGCCGCAGGCCUGUAUGAACUCCGCCUCACCACUGAUGGCCCUGCCACCACCGGGGCAGAGGUGACCAUCACGGCCAGCCUGGUGGCCAGCGACAACGGCAGCCUGGUCCUGCCCGCCGACACCCACCUCUACCGCUUCCACUGGAUCCACACGCCACUGCUGCUCACAGGGAAGACUGAUGAGGCUUUCAGCUCAAGCAUCCGAGUCGUGGGGAGUGUGCCUGGGGACUUCCCGGUCUCCGUGUGGGUCACCGCCGCCGACUGUUGGAUGUGCCAGCCUGUGUCAAAGAGCCUGCUUGUCCUCCCCAUCACAGAGUUCCUUGUGGGGAAUCUCGUCGUCACCCAGAACACCUCCCUGCCCUGGCCCGGCUCCUACCUCACCAAGACGAUCCUCAGAGUCUCCUUCCUCCUCCACGACCCGAGCAACUUCUUCAAGACCGCCUCGUUUCUCUACAGCUGGGACUUCGGAGAUGGCACCCUGCUGGUGACCGACGACCCUAUGGUCUAUUAUAACUAUUCGAUUGUGGGAACCUUCACCGUGAAGCUCAAAGUGGUGGCCGAGUGGGAGCAGGCCACACUGGACGCCGGGAAGGGCAUCAUGCAGAAGACGGGCGACUUCUCCGCCUCGCUCAAGCUGCAGGAAACCCUUCGAGGCAUCCAGGUCUUGGGGCCCACCCUCAUUCAGACCUUCCAAAAGAUGACAGUGACCUUGAACUUCCUAGGGAGCCCGCCUCUGACUGUGUGCUGGCGUCUCAAACCCGAGUGCCUCCCAUUGGAGGAGGGAGAGUGCCACCCGGUGUCAGUGGCCAGCACGGCUUACAACCUGACCCACACCUUCAGGGACCCGGGGGACUAUUGCUUCAGCAUCCGGGCCGAGAAUGUCAUCAGCAAGACACAUCAGUACCACAGGAUCCAGGUGUGGCCUUCCAGCAUCCAGCCGGCUGUCUUUGCUUUCCCAUGUGCCACGCUUAUCACCAUGAUGCUGGCCUUCAUCAUGUACAUGACCCUGAGGAAUGCUGCUCAGCAGAAGGACAUGGUGGAGGUGGCUGAUUUUGACUUUUCCCCCAUGUCUGACAAGAACCCGGAGCCACCCGCUGGGGUCAGAUGCUGCUGCCAGAUGUGCUGCACACCCUUCUUGCUGGAGACCCCAUCGGAGUACCUGGAGGUUGUCCGCGAGAACCACGGGCUGCUGCCACCCCUCUACAAGUCUGUCAAGACUUACACGGUGUGAGCGCUCCCCCACACCCCGUCUCAGCGUUAACUGACUGCCGACUCGGCACUUAGGGUAGGGUGGGGCACUGAGCAGGAGGGGUUCACGUGUGUGGGGCCAUCCACCAUGGCCAGCCGUCCAUCUGUAAAGUCCAGCCACUGCCACAGCGCCCCUCAGUUACACACCCCCAGCCAUCUGUCCAUCUGUCCAGUCCAGCCAGUGCCCUAAGCCCCACCCCACCCCUCGCCUUUGAGGAGACCCCAAGUGGGACUCCGACACUCGACGGGGGUCCGCGUUCUCUCCCAGCUGUGCCUGGCUGCCUCUCACCUGUUCCUCCCAUGUUGGCAUGUCUGCCAUCUGUCUGGGGUUUGCAUUUCGCUCCCCCUAGGCAGCCCUGCCCAGGUCAGAGCAAGGAGGAAGGUCACGAAUGCUUAGGGAGACAUCAAGAAAGGUCCUACAUACAGAGACGAGCACAUACAUGUACACACACACACACACACACACAGAGAGAAAUACACACGUGUCACACAAGCAUCUCUGUAUCACUUAAGUCAGUUGCUGGAAUGUAUCCUGAAUUAGAACUGAAAUGAAGUCUGACCUUUUCCACGUGGCUCCCACAGCUCCCGGGCCUGGCCCCUCCCUUUGUCACUGUGCCUGUGGCUACGGAGUCCCCUUCUAAGGAUACCCUGUUCCCUGCCUGAUUGUUGGGGGGCUGGGUGGAGGCAGGGCUAACACUUCGUGAGUGCAAAGUGCUUUCUAAACAGCACCUUCUUUUACUGAGACCGUGGGAACUUCCAUCAAAGAAAAAGCCUUGCAGCAAAAGAGGAGGCAAACCAGUGGGGACUGGAGCUUCCCGUGGGAAUCAUUCUGGUUCCGCUGCCCAGCAGCUGGGUGGCCUUGAGAAGGAAGAGGCGAGACUGGACAGAGCCCAUGGGGGAACCAGCCCACUCUUCUCCCCUCCGGCCCAGCGGCCUGGGGUGGGGGGCAGGCAGAGCACGUGGAGAGGGUACGUCAUGGGUGCAGAGGGAGACCAGGACUGGGCUCUGGUCUGGCCAUGCAGGAGACAGGAGCAACCUGGGCCUGUUUGGGGAGGGCAGGGCGGGGCAGGGCCUGGCGGGCGGAGCUCUGUGGCUGUAAGUUUGCUCUCAGACUUUGUUCUGGAAACAGCCUUCCUCCUGUCGUGCAGCUCAUUCUCAUGAAAUACUGCCGUCAUUGCUGAAUAAAGCUUGUGUGCUCUGAAUAUAGCCAAGCAGCAA